AGGCGGGACGGGACGGGUCUCUGCUCCGAUCCUUCUCGCUUAGCCACCGGCUUCGGAUGGGUUAAUGUGCUUUUUCGCUUCCUCAUCUCGCAAAUGAAAGUGUUUUCUUACCUGAUGUGUCAGUUGUGACGCGUGGCUCGUGGGCAGCCACUCUAACUCUACUGUGGAGUAAAUUAUGUCUUAUCAUAACGCGUAGCACAGCAUCAGAAUCCAGGCUCUGGCGCCUGUGUAAAGCUCUUUAGGCCAAGAAGACACUCGUGUGAGAAGCCUCCCGUUCCUGGGUUAGGAGAGCUGUGCGGGAGGUGGUGGUGAGCAAAGGGAAUGCCCAUGUCCGAGAGUGCCUUAGAGAUCUGAGGAGACAGAUCUGAGAAACUGCUCAGAGAUUUUUCUGGAGAGCUGACAUAGCUCUUCAGAUCUCAGGGGAAUAGGAAAGGUUCUGGGUCAUGCACUGCAGGCUGGCCCAAAUACCUCUGCACCAAAGCUGUUCAUACGAAGGCAGGCUGAAUAGGAGUUUGAGCUGAACAAAGCUGUCACAAAUCUAUUUAGAAAUCACUUCCCUACUUGUGUUUUGCCAGACUGAUAAAGGCAUGCAACCUUUAUAGUGUGUAGAGCACGUGUAGGUAGAUCUAGAUACAUGGCAUGAAUAAACAAUAAUAAACGAUUGCAAGGUAACAGUAGGAAAAAAACUACUGGUUUUGGCUAAACAAUUUAGAAUAGUGAUUUUUCAUCCGUAAUUGUUGAUAUGGCACACAGAUAUUGAUGAUUUCUGAGAUUAAAACGCAAUUGUUGAGCUCCCUGUAGCUCUACUGGUAAGCCCCUCUCUCUCAAUUUCAUACAUAGUAUUUUUUAAAGCACUUUUAUAUUUUAAAAUUUCUGGCUCGUUUCAGAUUGCUGUGCUCAUUGUUAAUCCCUGCAUUAUUUCUAAGUGGAAUUUUAUGUGUCUGCUUGGUGGUACUACUGUGGGGAAUACGACUCUGGAUACAACAAAGGAAAAACCAGCUGAUCUCAGCAGGAAAAGAUGGGAAGCGGCCGUUGCUCGUUGCCUUUUUUCACCCAUAUUGCAAUGCCGGUGGUGGAGGCGAGAGAGUCUUGUGGUGUGCCAUAAGAACGCUCCAGAAAAAGUACAGAAAUAUAACAUGUGUUGUUUACACUGGUGAUAGAGAUGCUACUGCAGAAGAGAUAGUAGAAGGCGCUUUCAGAAGAUUCAAUAUUAAAUUAACUCAUCCUGUGAAGUUUGUAUUUCUAGAAAAUCGCUACCUUGUAGAAGCUUCUCUUUACCCUCACUUCACUUUGCUGGGACAGAGUUUAGGAUCAGUGUUUCUUGGCUGGGAAGCUCUUCUGAAGUGUGUUCCCGAUAUUUAUAUUGACUCAAUGGGUUAUGCCUUCACGCUUCCCCUCUUUAAAUAUUUAGGAGGUUGUUGCGUUGGAUGCUAUGUCCAUUAUCCCACUAUCAGCACCGAUAUGCUUUCUGUCGUUAGGAAUCAAGAUACCAGGUUUAACAAUGCAGCUUUCAUUACAAACAGUCCUCUUUUCAGCAAAUUUAAGCUUGCCUACUACUACUUCUUUGCUUUAAUGUACGGAUUGGUUGGUUCCUGCAGUGAUGUGAUUAUGGUUAAUUCUUCUUGGACACUAAAUCACAUCCUUUCCCUCUGGAGAGCUGGGGCUUGCACUAGUGUUGUGUAUCCACCAUGCGAUGUUCAGACCUUCCUGGAUAUUCCACUGGAAGAGGAAAAGAGCACCACUGAGUAUUCCAUUGUUUCUGUCAGCCAGUUCAGGCCUGAAAAAGAUCAUCCUUUGCAAAUCAGAGCCUUUGCUAAAUUGCUGAAAGAGAAGAGACUGGGGCAGCAGCCAUCACUGAAACUUAUCUUAAUUGGAGGCUGUCGUAACCAGCAAGAUGAAGAGCGUGUAAAGAACCUUAAACGUCUUUGUGAAGACCUGGGAGUUAGUGAAAAUGUGACAUUCAGAAUAAAUGUUCCUUUUGAGGAGCUAAAGAGACACCUGGCCGAGGCCACCAUCGGCCUGCAUACGAUGUGGAACGAGCACUUUGGGAUCGGAGUAGUUGAAUGUAUGGCAGCUGGCACUGUUAUCCUGGCUCACAAUUCUGGAGGCCCCAAAUUAGAUAUUGUGGUACCCUACGAAGGAUGUAUUACAGGCUUCCUAGCAGAAAAUGAGGACAAUUAUGCUGAUAUGAUGGCUUAUAUCCUCACUUUGUCUCCUGAAAAAAGGUUAGAGAUCAGAGAAAAUGCUCGUCGCUCUGUGCACAGGUUUUCUGACCAGCAUUUUGAAGAGACUUUCCUGUUAUCUGUGGAGCCAUUAUUUAAGUAAAUGUAUAUGAAUAAAAUUAACUUUUUAUAUUUGA